UCGACCGUAGUCGGCUGCGGAUCCUCUUCAACUAUGCAGCCGACGAAUCCUGCCCAACCUUCGGCGCUGUUCCCAUCGGUGGUGUCACUGAGCUUGGAGAAUCUGGCAGAGUGGUCGCUCAUGCCCCUAGCCGAAGCAGCUGACAAUUCAGUUCGCGUCACCGUCCAGAAGGCCUCGUCUUCCGCGGUGGCGACGUCAGCGGAGACUUCAAAGCAGCUACCGACUGAACCCGCCGAUAUGCCGCCUCCUACGCCUGACGUACCGUCAACCGUCGCGGAGGACUCGAACGGUUCGCCAGGGGAACAUUGCUCAAGUGCUGUGGCGAUUUCGUCGCAGAGCGGUGGUCGUCGAAAGAAGGUGAUUCCGCGAAAGAGUCCCAGCGUCGACGACCCCAGCUUCAAGGGCGCCGUGGUUCACAUGCGACUCCAGAUGGUCAACGGAAUGGCAAAGCUCAAGAUGGAGCAUUACUACAACAACAUGCAGCGACGAGGCGUGCUAAGACCGGACUACGCCGAGAUAAGCGAAUUGAAGGACGACUUUGAGUUCGCCAGAAAGAAGGACGUCGAACAGCAAGACAAACAGUGCGCCUCUUGCGCCACGAAAUUAACACCGGUAUGGAGGGACGCCAAGGACGGCACACCGUUGUGCAAUGCGUGCGGAAUCAGGUACGUGACGUACAACAAGUACAAAGUGCGCUGUACCCGCUGCUGGCACAUUCCUAAGAAGAACGACCACACCCGGAUGACCUGCAAAGAGUGUGGGGGCAAGCUGCGCUUCGUCCUGCAAAAGUAG